AUGGCUCUUCUAAGCUUACCCUAUGAUAAGGAAUGGCAAAUAGAAGACCUGGACAAUCCGAAGAUUUUUAUGAUUGCUCUGCGGUUAGUAUACAAUCGCAUUCGUGGUGUUAAGGUACUGCACCUUAGGACGAGCAUACAUAUCAAGUAUGAUAAAGUCAGUACCGGUCAACUGGGCCGGCUUGGGGAACUCUUCGAGCGGGAUGGGGAGCAGCAAGAUGAAGAGUUUAAGGAACAAAUUCGAGCUCGGAUUACGCGGCCGGCAAGGUAG